AUGUCACUCUGGCAGACCGCACCAGAAGCAUUCAGGCAUUUCGAAGAGUUCAGUACAGUUAUUGUGCAACUACUCCGUAGUGGAAACUCGCGGCGAAAAUCGAAUCGCCCAAACGUGACCCCUCCCGUCGCCCUCGCUUUCCUUUCCCUCGCUUCCGCUCUCUGUCGCCCGCGUCGUCGCCAUCGCUUCCGCAGCUCGUCGCGUUCGCGACCCCAACCCGUCGCGUUCGCUCCGCCCGUCGCCUUCACUCCCCCCCUUCCCCCCCCUCUUCCGUUGCCUUCAUUUCCCCCUCCCGUCGCCUUCGUUUCCCCCUCCCGUCGCCCUCACUUCCUCUCCCGUUGCCUUCAUUUCCCCCUCCCGUCGCCUUCACUUCCCCCUCUCGUCGCCUUCAUUUCCCCCUCCCGUCGCCUUCAUUUCCCCCUCCCGUCUCCUUCAUUUCCCCCUCCCGUCGCCCUCACUUCCCCUUCCCGUCGCCUUCACUUCUCCCCUCCGAUGCCUUUGAUUCCCCCUCCCGUCGCCUUCUACGCCUGCCGCACUCGCUUUCCCGCCCGUCACACUCGCUUCCCCACCCGUCACCUUCACUUCCCCUCCCAUUGCCUUUCACUCUCUCCUGCUCCCUCUCUUUCCCCCUGCUCACUCUCUCCCCCCCCCCCCCCACUCACUCUCUUUCCCCCUGCUCACUCGCUUCCCCCCGCCUCAUUCUCUUUCCCUCUGCUCACUCCUCUUGUUCUCACCCCGCUUUCCCCAUUUCUCACCCAUUUUCCCCCUUCACGCUCUCUUUCUCUCUCUCCCCCCGUCGCCCUCCCUUCCACUCCUCGUUGCCCUUGCCAUCCCUCCCUUCUCCCUUCCCAUCUCGCACACUUGUCACGCCCCCUUUCCAACCCGCACAUACACCCUUCCCUUCUUCCCUGUUUCCCCGUAUCCCCUGCGCUGCUUCCCACCAUCCUCCGACUUGCUCCCCCCAUCCCCUUCCCUACUUCCCCCUUCCCCUCCCCUGCUUCCCCCUUCCCCUCCCCUGCCUCCCCCCAUCCCCUUCCCUGCUUCCCCCCAUCCCCUUCCCUGCUCCCCCCCAUCCCCAUCCCUGCUUCCCCCCAUUUCCUUCCCUGCUUCCCCCCAUCUCCUUCCCUCCUUCCGCCUGUGCCCUCUCCUACCUCCCAACAUCCGCUUCCCUGCUUCCCCCCUUUCCCUUCACUGCUCCCCCUCAUCCUCUUCCCUGCUUCCCCCCAUCUCCUUCCCUGCUUCCCCCCAUCCCCUUCCGUGCUCCCCCUAAUUCCCAUCCCUGCUUCCCCCCAUCUCCUUCCCUGCUUCCCCCCAUCCCCUUCCCUCCUUCCCCCCAUCCCCUUCCCUGCUCCCCCUCAUCCCCAUCCCUGCUUCCCCCCAUCCCCUUCCCUCCUUCCCCCCAUCCCUUUUCCUGCUCCCCCUCAUCCCCAUCCUUGCUUCCCCCCAUCUCCUUCCCUGCUUCCCCCCAUCCCCUUCCCUCCUUCCGCCUAUGCCCUCCCCUGCCUCCCCCCAUCCCCUUCCCUGCUUCCCCCCUUCCCCUUCCCUGCUCCCCCCCGUCCCCUUCCCUCCUUCCCCCCGUCCCCUCCCUUGCCUCCCCCCAUCCCCUUCACUGCUUCUUCCCAACCCCUUCCCUGCUCCCCCCCAACCCCUUCCCUGCUCCCCCCCAUCCCCUUCCCUGCUUCCCCCCAUCUCCUUCCCUGCUUCCCCCUAUCUCCUUCCCUACUUCCCCAAAGCGUGGGCGACGGUUCGAGCUGCGUGGGCGACGAUGGGGGGAAGCUUGGCCGACGAUGGGAGGAAGCGGGGGCGAUAAGCGGGGAAGCGUGA